GGGAUGUGCUAAAUUUUACCGGCUCGCGAAAACCGAAAAAGGAGUGCGCGAUUAGCUGUCACCGAAAAUAAACCUCGGUGGGAAGAGAAUGCUGUUGCAUCGGGCAACGUCUUUAUUUCGCGGCGCGAAAAUUGUCCUCAGAGAUAAUGCGACAAAAGUGAUAUCCAAGCCAUUUCUUCGGUCAUCGAUAACCACACCAUCCGGAGCAAUUCUGCCCGAGCCAAAGAGAACUCCAUUCAGCUUCCUGGGCGUUGUCAGCAGCAUCGUGUUCGGCCUUCUGGUCGGUGCCACAAUCAGCAAGAAUAUAGCCAAUUUCCUGGAAGAGAACGAUCUUUUCGUUCCUUCCGACGACGAUGACGACGAUGACGACUAGUAGAGCAAUCAGUAUUGCAUUCAGUUGUGAUUGUUGAAAGUAUUCAGCUACUAGUUGUGCUUUUAACGCUAAUGAAUCAAGCUUGAUGUCGUGGCGAUGCUAAAGCAGCAAUUGCACGACGUCAAAUAACAAGGGAAGAGAAGAAUCUCUUCACUUACACAAUUUAGGUCUUACUUACGAUAUGCUCUUAAAUACCUGAGAUUAUGUAAAUUAUCAUAGAAAUAUUUAUUUAUAUAAUUGUUGAUAAUUAGAUAGAGCUUUUACAAAAUCUAUGUAUUUAUAAAUCUAUAUAUUAUAUCCAUA